GCCCGACUGCGCACGCGGAGGCCGGGGCCGGGGAGGCGGAGUGCAGAGCCCGCGUGUGCCGCGCCGGCGUGUGCCUGGGCGCCAGGGCCCGGUUCGCUGCGGGCUGCCUUGCCACGUGCGUCCCGGCCUUGCGUGGGGCGGGCUCCCAGUUGCACCGCCGGACGGAGUCCGUCCUUGGGUGUGUGAGGCCGCCGCCGUAGGAUGAGGGCAGCGCGUCCUCCCGCGCCUCCCCCGGGCAGCGGCUGCGAAUGCCCUGGUGGCCCUGCAAGAGCCAGCCCCACAGAGCUUCGCAGGGGUCUCCUGCCGGCCCAGCUUUCCUUCCCACUUAACGCGUGGGGAAACUGAGGUCCGGGAAGUGGAGUCAUUUAACCAGGGUCUCCCAGCUCGUGGGGGCCCCGCCAGUUCUCAGGAGUAGGUUUGGGGACAGACAGCCUGGGCCAGGCAUUGCUUUAAGAGUACUUACCUCCUGGCUGAGCCCCCCCCAGACUUUGCAUACAGGCUGCACUGGAAGGACGCAGGGGGUGCUCUGAAAGUUUGUUGCGUGAUUGACUCCGGGCCUGGUUUCGAGGGCCAGGGCUCAUGGAAGGGCUACUGACACGAUGCAGACCCCUGGCCGCCCGCAGCCCCCGGCUCUGCCCCGGCCUGCCUCCCAGGCUUCACCACCACUGCGCCCCGGGGAGAGGGAAGCGCCUGGUGCUGUCCCGCAUGUUCCAGCCGCAGAACUUGCGGGAGGACCAGGUGCUGUCCCUGGAGGGCAGACCCAGCGACCUGACCUGUAAGAGCCAGCGGCUGAUGCUGAGGGUGGGCCUGAUCCACCCGGCCGGCCCGGGCUGCUACCACCUCCUGCCGUACACCGUCCGUGCCCUGGAGAAGCUGGUGCGGGUGAUAGACCAGGAGAUGCAGGCCAUCGGCGGGCAGAAGGUCAGCCUGCCCAGCCUCAGCCCUGCCGAGCUCUGGCGAGCCACCGACCGGUGGGACCUGAUGGGCAAGGAGCUGCUUCGGCUCCGGGACCGACACGGCAAGGACUACUGCCUGGGCCCCACGCACGAGGAAGCCAUCACGGCCCUGGUCGCCUCCCAGAAGACCCUGUCCUACAAGCAGCUCCCGUUCCUGCUCUACCAGGUGACCAGGAAGUUCCGCGACGAGCCCCGGCCCCGCUUCGGGCUCCUCCGGGGCCGCGAGUUUUACAUGAAGGACAUGUAUACCUUCGACGCCUCCGUGGACGCCGCCCAGCAGACCUACGGCCUGGUGUGCGAGGCCUACGGGCGCCUCUUCGAGCGGCUGGGGCUGCACUGCGUGAAGGUCCAGGCCGAUGUGGGCAGCAUCGGGGGCACCAUGUCUCACGAGUUCCAGCUCCCGGUGGCGGUGGGAGAGGACCGCUUCGCCCUGUGCCCCAGCUGCGGCUUCUCCGCCAACACCGAGACGCUGGGCUCGUCGCAGAAGAGCUGCCCGGCCUGCCAGGGGCCCCUGACGGAGACCCGGGGCGUCGAGGUGGGGCACACGUUCUACCUGGGCACCAAGUACUCCUCCGUCUUCAACGCGCAGUUCACCAAUGAGCGCGGCGAGCCCACCCUGGCCGAGAUGGGCUGCUACGGCCUGGGAGUGACCCGCAUCCUGGCGGCCGCCAUCGAGAUGUUCUCCACGGAAGACUGCGUGCGCUGGCCCGGCCUCCUGGCCCCUUACCAAGUCUGCCUCGUCCCCCCGAAGAGGGGCAGUAAGGAGGCAGCGGCGGCCGAGCUCGCCGAGCUCCUGUACGACCAGAUCGCGGAGGCAGUGCCCCAGCUCCGCGGGGAGGUCCUGCUGGACGACCGGACCCACCUGACCAUCGGGAACAGACUGAAGGAUGCCAACACGCUCGGCUACCCCUUCGUGAUCGUCGCUGGCCGGAGGGCCCUGGAGGAGCCCGCGCAGUUCGAGGUGCAGUGCCAGAACACCGGGGAGGUGCUCUUCCUCGGCAGGGAAGGCGUCCUGGAGUUACUGCGCCGUGUGCAGGUGGGCUGAGCGUCCCAGCGAGGCCGCACCCUGCUCUCCCCAGUGCCUCCGCUCGGAGCUGGUCUCUGCAGGCCUGUAGGGUGGCGUCCCUGCUCUCUGCUGGGGGGGGGUCAGCGGUGAAGAGGGGGUGGCUGGUGGCCGAGCCCUAGGCUGCUGCCUUGGACUGUGGGCUUCUUGCUUCCGGACCAGCUGCCCCUCACUUGGACGUGUCCCCUACCCCGCAGAGGCCAUCCUGCCCGCCUGACCUAGCGCGGAACUGCCUGGAGGUCCACACAGGAUGCUGAGGCGUCCAGCUCUGUCGCAGGCAGGCCUGUCGCCAGGAGCCUCUUUGUACCACUCAAAGAAAACCAGGUGGUCAGGGAAGUAUGUGUAAGUCAUUUAUUGGGGGCUGGGGUGUUGUCGGGCCACAGCCUGCAGUGCCCAGGGACCACGGCAGCUGCCAGCCGCACUGGCCUUGUCUGAGGUGCAGGGAGAGAGCCCAGAGCCACGAGAAAGUGGAGGUCUGGGUCUUGAUUCUGUGGAAACCAGGUGGACGGGGCCCCCGCAGCUGUGCCGCCUGCUCUGACUGUCCAGCUCCCCCGAGGAGGAACAGGGUCGUGUCCACGGCCCCUGGACACGACCCUAUCUCACAUCCAGGUCUCACCGGAACCUGCUGAGGCAAAUAGGGCCACAAGAACCUAUUAAUGGCCGAGGGGCCUGGGCCCUCUCUUUUUUUGCUUGUUUUUUGGGCCCCACCCAGAAAUGCUUAGGGGUUACUCCGGGCUCUGCACUCAGGAAUCACUGCUGGCGGUGUGAGGGGGACCAUGUGGCAGGCUUGAACCCAGGCUGACCAUGUGUCAGACAAGCACCCUACGCAGUGUGCCAUCUCUCCAGGCCCUCUCAGUGCAGUGCCCAGACCACAUGCCAGAGGCAUGGGCCCGAGAUCUUUGGCUUUGACAGCCAGCCCCCGAGGCCCCUCCUUUGCCCCCGAGGGAGCAGGGGGUGAGGUGGCAGGGGCACUGAACUGGAGGGUACUGGAGGGAGGCUGCCUCCUGGGGAUGCCAGGCCCGCUGGGGAGCUGGCUGUGACCCCCAAAUUAAAAAUAAACCACCCCUCUCCCAAGAAAGAAACGGAGAAACGGAUCUGAGUUUCCUGAUGGGGGGAUUUCUCCUUCACCUGGUGGGAGGAAGUGCUUCCCAGACCCAAGUCAGGGUUGGUUUGAAACAGGGUCUGAACUUUUCUCCCGUGAGACGACCCAGGCACAGAGGCAUCCACAUGGGCUCAGAGCAGAACUGAAACCUGGCAGACUGGCCACCUCACUAAGGGCCAGUGUGAUUCAGCAGGAGGGAUCAGAUCUGUGGUCGCAGGGGAGCCCACUGGUUCUGUGCCCAGGGAUCACUCCUCAGGUGGUGCUCAGGACUGAUCCGGGGAAGGCUGCGUGCACGCGGGCCCCUUCCUACAGCACCAGCCCUCUGCCUCUUAUUCCCUCUAUCCCUCCCUCUCUCUCCCUCCUUCCCCCCCCUCCUCGGAUUUUGGGUCUCACUUGGCAGGAAUCACUCCUGGCGGUGCUCAGGGGACCAUAUGGGAUGCUGAGGAUUGAACCCAGGUCGGCCGCGUGCAAGGCAAACGCCCUCCCCUCUCUCCUACCAGUCGGGCCCUGGACCCUUGUUUUCUUGAGAAAGCCCCAGUCAACAUUGACGCCUGCGACUGCUUCUACCUCCUUAGAGGAAAGACGCUUUCCAACCUGUGCCUUCUCUCUUUCCUGAGCCUGCCACGUUACUUGUUGCCAUAAAUUGAUGAAAUAGGGAUGCUGGCAAAAUAACAGGUACAGGCUGUAUUAUCAUUGCUCAUUCCUUGGAGAGAUCUAGCAGCAACUGGCUGCGAAAUAUUUAGCAGAAUUAAUACUUGGGGACAAAGGCUGGUGCAUAACAAAACCGUUGUGUAAAUCAAGCUCGAAUGUAAAUCACGGGCUCCAUUAAUAUUCUGUGUUCUAAUGGAAGAAACACCUGCUGGGCUAUCAAUAAAGGGGCUCUGCAGAAA